CCCAUUUUCACUAGAAGCCUUAGGGCAUGAGUCCAACUCAAAUUAAAUUAAACCUAAGUUGAAAACACUCAAACUCCAAGUUCAUUCAAAUAUUAAAAUUGAUUAUUAAUGAUGGUCACGCACGCUACCCGAAGGCACGUGAGAGAGCACCCCUACACCUAUAAAUAAGAGAUUAGAAUUUCCAUAAUUCGGUUAUUUAGAAUAUUGCAGAUACAAAGCCUGGGUUUUUUCAAAAUCCGAAGCGUUUGCAGAAAAGGACUUGAGCUAUAUGGGGAAGAGAAAGUCAAGGGCGAAGCCGCCUCCUAAGAAGCGAAUGGACAAGCUUGACACUGUUUUCAGCUGCCCUUUCUGCAACCAUGGUACUGGUGUUGAGUGCCGCAUCGAUAUGAAAAACCUAAUUGGGGAAGCCUCAUGCAGGAUUUGUCAAGAGAGCUUCAGCACUACUGUAACAGCUACAGUGAAUGGAUUGAUGAAUGUGAGCGGGUCAACAACCUGGAGGAUGAUGGUCAUUUAGAAGGCAGAGCUGAUGCCUAGAAAACCAAUUCCAUUUUGUGAUAAAAAAGCUUGAAGUGAUCUGAAUGUUUUCAAGGUUUUGAUGAAUCUGUUGGUUCAGUGGGAACAAUAGGUUAUAAUGUACUCGAUGACAGUAUUAGUAGUUCUAAGUAGGCCACUUCUGAUUGUCACUGCUGCAGUUGGCUGGGAAUUUGGAGAAUAAGUGACCUUAACUGCAUGAAAGUAAACUCCUUUGUUUCUGAACCCAACGGAUGCAUUUGAUAAGACCUUAAGGUAUUAUGUAUAAAGAAUGUGUGCUAAUGAAAUGCUUGUGUCGGUGCUUGGUUUUUUCUA